AUGUCGCUCUUCUCCUUCAGCACGCCGCUGGACAUCGACAUCGUGCUACAGGACACCGAUGAUCGGUCCACCGUGGACGUAAAGCUGGACAAGAACAGGCGGGAGAAGGCACCGCUAUACCUGGAUGGCGAGACAGUCAAGGGUGCAGUCACGAUCAGACCCAAGGAUGGCAAGCGACUGGAGCACACAGGCAUCAAAGUGCAGUUCGUCGGCACAAUAGAAAUGUUCUUCGACCGCGGCACACACCACGAGUUCCUGAGCUUGCAGACCGAGCUGGCUAAUCCUGGCGAAUUGCAACAUCCUGUCACCCUACCCUUCACAUUCAAGAACGUCGAGAAGCAGUACGAGAGCUAUCACGGAAUCAACGUGAAGCUACGGUACUUCCUCCGCGUCACAGUCAGCAGACGCAUGGCAGAUGUGGUUCGGGAGAAGGAUCUUUGGGUAUACAGCUACCGACAACCGCCGGAGAGCAAUAGUGUGAUCAAGAUGGACGUCGGUAUAGAAGACUGUCUGCACAUCGAGUUCGAGUAUAGCAAGAGCAAGUAUCACCUCAAGGAUGUCAUCGUGGGCCGAAUAUACUUCCUCCUCGUCCGGUUGAAGAUCAGGCACAUGGAGCUGAGCAUUAUCAGACGAGAGACUACAGGCGUGCCACCAAAUCAGUACAACGAAAGCGAGACUUUGGUCCGAUUCGAGAUCAUGGACGGCUCGCCAAGCCGGGGUGAGACCAUACCCAUUCGUCUCUUCCUCGGCGGCUUCGACCUCACGCCAACAUUCCGCGAUGUGAACAAGAAGUUCAGCACGAGAUACUACCUCAGCCUAGUGCUAAUAGAUGAGGACGCACGACGUUAUUUCAAACAAUCCGAAAUCGUGCUGUACCGUCAAGCACCAGAGAACAACGAACUCGCGCUACAGCAAGCGAAAGAAAUACAAGCUAGCUAG